AUGACAUCGACGGUGCAGACGAACCAGCCAGCCUCUACCCCAACAAACACUGCAGCGCCCGCUACUAGAACAGUGUCCAAGCACGCGGUCGUUGGUGGACUUUCUGGUGCGAUUGCUGGCUUGCUCAUGGUCGGUGCUCUGAUAUUCUUCUGCUUUCGGCGCAGGCAGAGGAGGAGAGACGACGACGUCGGAGAGAGCACAGAGCUCGAUGAGAAGAUAUUCCGGCCAACGUUACUACGAAAGUGGACCGUUUUCAUGGCGCAAGCCACGCCCAAGCAGACGCCACAGAUAUCACCCGUGACUGUAGACGAAGAACACCACAUCAUACGCAUGAGCACACAACACUGGGCUCGGCCAUAUGCUCCAGGUACCGGCGAAGGCUACCGAGAAUCAAUGCCUGCUGGCGCGCUGAGAGUGGUCAAUCCAGAUCGUAGCCGACCACAGACACCAGCAGCGUCGACCGACAGCCCAAGGGGCUAUCUGUUCAAACAACGGUCUGCAUUAGCGACAGUCUUACUCAGCGCCAGUGGCAACCGGUCACGAGCGAGUUCACGAUCGGGCAACCCACAACACAUUCCAGAGAUUACGAUCGAUCCUGCAUUGUCGCGCGAAUGUAUUGCGCCGACUGCGAUACCUCCAUCAUUUAAGUCAUAUCCGUCAGUCACUUCACUAGCCAUAGUACAGCAGCAGCCGCCGGAAGAUCCAUUUGUGACUCCGCCAGAGAAAACACAGGAGGAGAUGCUGCAGCGUGCGCUGAAACGACCAGGCCUGGCGCCAAUACAGAGCGCUGCCAGUCUUGCGCAACGAACGUUGAGCCAUGUGCUGCAACCCUUCCGCAGCAAGUCCAACAUGACGAUAAACCAUGCCGCUCCUUCGAACCGGAGCUCGAUAUCUUCUUUCAUGACCCGGCAGCGCAAUAGAGAUACAGAAUACUCUGAUCCCUUUGACCUGGACAGACCGAGUAUAAGGACAGUACCUAGUGCGUAUCUACGGAGCACUCGCGAUUAUGAGCAACGCUGGACUAUGACACAGUCACGAUAUGAAGGGUCGUGA